AUGCUGGACCUUCGCCAGGAAAUAUCGAACCACGUUUCUAUGGUUUUCGUGACUCACAUGCCUGAGUCAGCCAGAGAGAACACGUUCCUCUUGUUGUUUCAGGACAUGUUUUCAGGUUACGUGAUCUGUAAAUCCAUGCCAUCUACAACUGCUCAAGAUGUCGCUGAGGCUUAUGAGGAGCAAGUGUUCCAGAGAUUUGGGGCGUCUUCCAUGAUACGUCACGAUCAAGACCCGCGGUUCAUGAGUGAAGUCUUCACAAGCCGACAACGUUUUACACUCGGAUACCGCCCACAAGCGAAUGAGCAGCAGGAGAGAUCUAUACAAACGGUCACCCGGAGUGUUCGAGCAUACGUCGCCGAGAUGGAUCAGUCCGAUUGA